GCGAUGCUGCGCAGCAGUCAGUCCGGCGGAGCUGAGGACGGAAGUAAUGAUGGCGACCGCCAAAGCCAUUCUUUAACAGGAAAAAACCUUUCUCUGCCGACGAAGCCAGCUCUAUAAUGGAAGGACACGUUUUUCCCGAUCAAGAGCAGCUCAUACAAUUUCUGAGGAGGCUCAAGGAGGUUUUCGACGUGUGUGACGAGGAUGCUGACGGCUUCAUCCGGGUGGAGCACUUGGUGGACCUCGGUCUUCAGUUCGGUCAAGGAGACAAGGUGAAGAAGUUAAUCAGGUACCUAGAUCCUAACACUCAUAGGAAGAUCAACUUCAAAGACUUUUGCCAUGGAGUGUUUGCCAUUAAAGGUUGUGAAGAGAUACUGAAGACACCUGUGGGUCCUCGCACUAUUACCUCCAACCAGCCGUCGGUUACUGACAAUGGUUACAUUUACCAGAACGAUGAGGCUGAGCUGGGCCCCCCCAUUAUCAUGUGUACGCGGUCCUACCCAGAAUGCAGUGUGUAUGGUGACGGUUGUGGUGCUGAUGGGGAGUGUGACAUGGACAGCAUCACUGAAAACGCCAACAGUUCUGACUCUUUGGAUCCAACACGGCAAGACAGUCACCUGAUUGGCUCAGCAUCUGCGUCUGUCAUCUCCGGGGAGGAGCAGUUUGAGGACUAUGGUGAGGGGGAGGAUGUGGAUUUUACUCCCAGCAGUCCUAGCCCUGAAGAUGAUGCCCGAACAAAUGGCUUCUCAGACAUGGGAUCAUCCCUUCCCUCCAGCGCUGGACAGACUCCUCAGAAGAUAAGGCAGCUGUAUAACAGUGAGCUGCUGGACAUAUACUGUUCUCAGUGCUGCAAGAAAGUGAAUCUACUCAAUGACCUUGAGGCUCGACUUCGAAACCUCAAGGCCAACAGCCCUAAUAGAAAGAUUUCCAGCACAGCAUUUGGGCGGCAGCUGUUUCAGGCCAACCAUAAUGUGUUUGGGUCUAGCCAGGGCAGCAGCACAGAGGAUCUGUUCACAGACAGCAUCGACUCCUGCGACUUAGACAUCACAGAAAAAGUCAGUUAUCUGGAGAAGAAGGUGACAGAGUUGGAAAGCGACAGUCUGGCCAACGGUGACCUCAAGUCUAAACUCAAACAGGAGAACACACAACUUGUACACAGGGUGCAUGAGCUGGAGGAGCAGGUGAAGGAUGCAGAGGCAAGGGCUGAUCAGAGUUUGGAGGAGGAGACCAAGAGGCACCGGGAGGCUUAUAGCAAGAUGGACAGGGACAGAAACACCGAGAUAGACCUGCUCUGCAACAGGGUACAGCUGUUGGAAGAAGAGAAUGGAGAGAUGAAGUUAAAUGUGUGCAGACUUAAGUCACAGACUGAGAAACUGGACCAGGAGAAGCAGAGGAUGACAGACAAGCUGGAGGACACUAGUCUGAGGCUGAAAGAUGAGAUGGACCUCUACCGGAAGAUAAUGGACAAGCUCUGGCAUAAUCGUCAUGACUUUGAGAAGGAAAAAGAGGCCAUGCAGGAGUUGAUUGAUGAUCUCCGCCGGGAGCUGGAGUAUCUGCAGUUGUUUAAGAUGGAGAUGGAGCAUCCAGGACAGGGCAAGGGACUGUCAGAGUACAAUGCCAGGACCAGAGAGAUCGAAAUGGAACAUGAAGUCAAGAGACUGAAACAGGAGAACCAUAAGCUGCGGGAUCAGAAUGAUGACUUGAAUGCUCAAAUUCUCAGUCUGAGUUUGUACGAAGCUAAGAAUCUGUUUGCCUGUCAUACCAAGGCCCAGUGCCUGGCAGCUGAGAUUGACAACGCAUCCAGGGACGAGCUGGUGGAUGCUUUGAAGGAGCAGGAAGAGAUCAACCUGCGUCUAAGGCAGUACAUGGACAAAAUCAUUCUGGCCAUUCUCGACCAUAACCCCUCCAUCCUGGAGAUCAAGAGUUAAACACCACACACACACACACACACACACACACACACACACACACAUGCACACAUACCAAGUUGUAAUCCUUAGGAUUUUAGUUCUGGUUGAUUUGGUGUGGUUACUGGUGACAGAAAUGCGGAGGAGCAAGGGGUGUUUUUGCUCACAGUGUAGCCAAACAAACUCAAUUCAAGCUUUUAUAAAGAAGUCAGUCAGUGAUAAUAAUAACAACAAGGUUAUGCUGCAUACUCCUUGUAAUAUUUUAAACUGAUUCCAUGUCUUGUUUUGGAGAUGCUGUUUCUGAUGAAUGAUCAGGGCUAAGCUGCAUUUUCUCACUUCUUCACAGUAACAGCAGUUCAAUCAGGAGAGACUUGUUUUUUUUUUAGUAAAAAGAAUAUUACCAUGUGCACAAAAGAAUGAAAAAAAGUGGAAAAUCUUUGGCGAUUAGACCCCAUGGAGAUGGUAUGAUUUAAGGAGGGUGAUGAAUCCAUUGUCGAAUAGGGAACUGAACUGAACUUCUCUAUUUGUCAUUUUUAUGCGCAGCACAAAAACGAAAUGACAUUUCGAAUACCCCAAGCAAAAAGAAACAAAACAUAUGAAAACAAUUUGUGCAACAUAUAACAAAGAACAUAUAGUGCAAUAGUAAGAUGAAAAGGGUCGACAUUUCACAGUCAAAAACUCCACAUCCUGAGAGCAGAACUGGGAGAUCCUCUUCACAUCACAGCACCAUUAAUUGUUUGUGUAUACACCACGGAGCUCACCAGAUGAUGCAACCUCCCUGUCUGCUCUGUGUUGUGUUAGCCCCGUUAGCUCAACACCGGAGUCUGAUAUGUUACCAUUCAUCCAUGUCUCAGUGAACACAAGGACGCAGCAGUCCCUCACUCCUCGGUGACUGUAUUAGGUGUUUAGGUGUAUUAACCUAAACAAAGAAAAGUGUAAAAUUUCCAGAAAGGUAAGUGUUCCUUCAAAUGGAUGUGUGCAUAGUAAAGUAUAUGACUGAAAUAAGCCCCGAAUGAGAAAAUACAACUCUGUUGAGAAAUGUGUGGUAGGAAUAAGUCUGGAAUGACAGCUAGGGAGCCACUAACUAGAAGAUGAUGAAAGAUCCAAAAUAAGCAUGGAAAAAGAAAGUGGCAGUAGGGAAACAUGUUGCAGUCUAACCACGAAAUAAUAUAAAAGCCAGACAUGAAGUAAGCUUUGACGGCAGAAUUAAUGGUGAUGUGCUAGAAAGGAAGGCUGAAAACAGUGCAUGGUUCUGCAGACCGUGGGUGUCCAUAUGUUGAACAUAAUAAAAGGUCAAUAAGGACCGACUGAAAAAAUGUUAAGGUCCAACGGCCAAACAUAAAUUAAGUCAGGAACAGAAAUUGAAGGUCCUAUGACCAAACUGAAAAUACCGUGACUGGUGUGAGGCCCUAGUGACCUUGGAGACUAUAUGUAGAACAUAAUAAAAGGUCAAUGAGGAACAAACAGAAACAAAAGGUCAUAAGACUGAACAGAAACUAAGGUCAUAAUACCAACUUAAACAACAGAAACAAACAGAAAUCAUGGUCUGACGACCAAACAAAGAAUACCGUGUAUGAGCAUGAGGUCCUGCAGACAUUGGGUAUACAGUUUGGUCAGUGAAGACCAAACUGAAUAAAAGGUCAUAGAUUGAACAAAAACUAAGGUCAUAAGACCAACUUAAAUAAAAUGGUGGAAGUAAAAUGAGGUCUGAUGACCAAACAGAAAUUAAGUCUGCAUGACAUACGGAAAUUAAUGGUCGCACGAAAAAUAAGUGUUGCAUGGGGUCCAACGGAUCACCUAUGAGCAUACAGCGAGCGGUCCUGAAGACCUUGGGUGUUUGUGCAUACAGCAUGAAGUCCCGCAGACCAUGUUAGUGCAUUUGCAUCAGGUCCCAAAGACCAUAUAAACCAUAUAAGAGUGAACAGCAUGAUGAAUGCAAGCAAAAUAAACCAAAUUGAACCAAUACGUUUACGUUAAUUUAUGACCAACCUGAAUAAGCAAGUGCAGCAGAAUAGGUCCAAGACCAGCAGAUAUGAAAUCAGCAAAGACAGAAAUUGUGAUUAGAUAACCAAGAUGAAAUAAUCAUAGGUGAUGCAUGAUUGUGGAUUCUAAAGUGAUAAAGGUGAGCAAUUAGCAGACAAGCUGGUGUUCGUGCAUGCAGCAUAUACUUCGAGGACCAUGGAUGACUGCGUACUGCAUGAGAUCCCUUAGACCAUGGGUGGUAAAUGACAGCAAGCCAAACUGGAUUGAGGCAGACAGGAUUGGAAUCAUAUAAACAAGUGCAAAGAAAAAAGGUCUUAGCAGCAAGCAAAUAAAGUCAGCAAUGACAAAAUAGCAAUGACAACCAGACGGAAAUAGCAAAUGGCUGAUGCCUGACUGUGACUCCAUCAAAUAUGAAGGUGGGCAAUAGCAGGGACUAACAAUGACCAAGACUUGAUUGAGAGGUAGCAGAUGAGAAAACCACAAAAGACCACCACCAGCUGUAUGAAUGACUUAGCAAGAAAUUAGGGCACAGAAACUUAAUUUAUGAAACAGUGCUAAUAUCAGGCCAUACCUGAAACCCCCAAAACCCACGGAUGAACAUAUCCAUGAGUACUUUGCUUAUCCGCUAAUAGUAGAAAAAUUCUGCCCUGGCAAUUAUUGCGACACUUUAGAUUUAUGAUGAUUGAAAUAGAGUCGCCAAUAGCCAAUUACAGUUUGGAAAAGGUCAAAUGGCCAAGCUACUGGCUUUAUUUGGUAGGUAAUGACUUUGCUGUUUGAUGAACGAUAUCUUGCUUGAAAAUAUAUCGAUAUAUUGUAUAUAGUCGUUAUAUUGCCCAGCCCUAAUAGAUACUACCAACAGUUGAUGGGGAAAUUCAACGCUAGAUGUAUCUAUCCCAACAAUUAAUAGACAGACAUUAUUAUUGCCCAAUUCCACCUAAUGGGUCUUUUAUGAUAAAAACCCCACCGCUGUACUGGACAGAUGCCACAGUGAGGAUUAGAGAUUACAUGGGCAUCUUUGAGAGUACACUGACCAGCUGUAUUUCCCCUGUAGGCAGUAGAAGAAUGAUGCUCUGGAUCACUGCUAUAUGCAGAUGGAACAUCUAUGGCGCAGUGAUGCUGUCCGCAUGCGAGUGGGCAUCUUGCUGAGCUUAAAAUGAGUUACCAACUACUGUGCAUGCCCUCAAUGUGCGAGAGAUCAGGAAAUAGUCAGGCUGAUAAGAGGCUGCCCCACAGUCUACUCUACAUGACACGGACUGACACGCAUUUCGGGCACUGAGUCAUGGAUGAUGUCAUAGAAUUAGUGAAUCUGUGAUGGAUAUAAUUGUAAAAAGGUAACUCAAAAUUACAUUAAACUGUUUGUGACCGGGAACCGUGAUUACCAGAACUGAGCAGUGUGUUAUUAACACUGACCUGCAGUCAGUCUGAAAAUGUGACAGUUAUAAAACAACGCGAGGGUUGAGAAAACGGCCCAGCGCGCUGCCAGGACAGAGCUGCCAUUGUGAGGACCGCUUCAAUCGGUGGCGUAGGAAAGAGCAAGCAGGAUGAUUGAGCUCCAGCCACCAUGACCACGAUGUGCCUGCAUCCGGUCCCACACCACUAACGGUGGCUUCAUCUGUAGGAGUUCAUUGCUUGAUGCUGACCAAAAUAUUCAGACUUUACCUUUUUAUUACUGUAUUUACGUGCUGUUUAUGCCUUGUCAAAUAUAUUAAUGGGCUGUUUGAUUUGAAGUAUGUAUAAGUUAUAUAUUAUUUCCCUAUUUUUGUUGCGUGAUAAUGUUAGAAUUUCUUGAAUUAUUGUUUACAUGAUAGCCUAUUUCUUAAUGUGCAUGUUAAUUAACCAUUGUGAAGGGAGCCCAAGACUUGCCAAUGGCUGCUUCUGAUUUACUGUGCAUAUGAUAAAUGACAAUUCAGCAGGCAGAUGGAGGUUAGGAUGACACUGCGAUAGAGGCCAUGAGACUUAUCCUCUGGGGAAUAUGAAGUCGAGCAGAGAGAACUAGCCAAGAAAUUCAAGUUAAACAGGUAGAGUUAGAAAAAAGAGGACACAAAAUGAAAGGAAAACAUGUCAAUUUUUUUUAAUGCAUUGUUGUUUAUUUAUGUAUUUUUAAAUUUCAAAACCUGCCUAGGAAAGGCAAGGCAGAUUCAUUUAUAGCACAUUUCAAACACAGAGGCGACCCAAAAUGCUUUACAGAUUAGUCAGACAAGUUCAUUGUAGCCCAAUCACAGAGCAGUCCUGGAGGGGCUGAACAAUUAGUAAUAUCGAUUCAAUUAGAAGGGCAGCUCGGUGGUGUGGUGGUUAGCACUGUCGCCUCACAGCAAGAGGCUUGCCGGUUCGAUCCUGGGUGCGGGAGCCCUUCUGUGCGGAGUUUGCUGAUAUCACGAUCUCAGUUACCCAAGAGGGCUUCCAACACACAGCAUCCCUCUGUCCUUGACUCACUUAAAUGUGAACUUUGUUCAUUCUGCUUUAACUGUACACAUAUGAUCAGUUAUUGCCCAUGUUAUAUUAUUUAUUUAUAUAUUUGUCUUUAAUUCUUAUUUUGUUUGAUAUUUUUUAAAAAAUAUUUAUCCGUUUAAAACACUCAUUUAAUUACUUAUUCAUAUAGAGACUAACUAUACGCUAUAACUCAGUGAAUGUAAGAUAUAAAAUAUUAGCAGAUUUAAAGAACUGCCACCUGAUGAACAGCUGAUGUGAGAGCAGAUACAAAGACACACAUGCAAACUACACUGCCUUUCCUAAAAGUAGAGAAAAGUGAGUAAAUACAAGAACUAUAAAUGAGUGCAUUUGUGUUUGUGCUUGAUAAUAGUAUAUUCUAUGGCGGUCACCUAUAAACCCACACCGAAGAAAUCGCUGAGGGGCUUUUAAUUUAAAUGAUACAGGAAGUGUGGUAAGAUAACAGCAUGAUACGUAUGUGAAUUUAUUUAUUUUAUGAAUGAAGAUGAAAGAGAACAACUAGCUUUGCUUGAAAUGAGCCAAUACCAUUGUGAAGCAGAGGGCAUAAUGUGCCUGCUUAAUAUGCUUACUUUGAUGAAACCCAAUAACUUUUGAAAAACAAGGCCCACCGCUAUUUCAGUAUUACGUUAAUUGUAUUCCCAUUGAAGCCAGGGGAGACAGGAGAAUGAAAUAAAUCACUUCACAUUAAUGAUGCAGUGAUAGUGUUUGUCUGCAGCACUGAAUCAGUUAGAAGACAGGUCAUAUAUGACACACUUAACUUAAACAGUGAGGAGGGCUGUUUGAUUGGAUGGCUUGAAACCACCGGCUCUCUUGGGAUCCGGGAUCACCGCAGUUGUUAAGCCGCUAAAAGCGGAGUGAAGUGCUGGUUGAAAGUGGAGGCCAGGUGCGCGUGGACAACGCUGACGAGGAAGAGGCUGAGGCUUAUCUAGACACUGAAGCAAGGUGUGCAUGGAAAGCUUGGCCAAAAUAUCAAGGGACUGCACGUGGCAAUCCAGUUGUACGUAUGCAGAGUGUCCCGAAGUAACAGUUAGGUGUAGCUUGGGCCCAUAUCUUGAAUCUGUACACAUCACUGAGAUCAAGUCUGAAGAUGGAGAGGAGAAUAAAGUUACGCGUUGACAAUACUGACUGACAUCAGCUGAGAUUGUGUGAACGGGAGAAUGUGAUGAGUGAGAGAUGAUUCCACUCCUGCUGAGUAAUCCCACAUCGGUUUGCUACUUUCGACGAGAGACUGACCGACAUAGGUAAAGUGAACGAUUGUCAAUGCGACAAUUCUGCCCAAAAUGAUGACUGACAGCAGCAGAAGAGAGAGCAGAUUUUUGUCUGAUAGAGAUGGUGGCAAAGUUUGAUUGGAUAACAAGAAGAGUGAACACCCAUAGUCAGCUGAUUAGAGGAAGCGGUGGAAGUAGGAUGGAGAGAAUUGUGAAUGGAUGGGCGCAAAGUUUUCCUGAUCGAACUUACGCUGAGCUUCAUUAAAAGUGAACUAGCAGUAGAAGAUGUGGGGUUAGCAUUAGCAGUAACACUGGAUUACAGGCUGCAUCACUUUCGGUCAAUCCCUCAUGCCUGUGAAGGCAAUAUGGAUCCAGCGAGGCAAAAAAAAAAAAAAAAAAAACUACCAUAGAGAGAGGUAAUUGGGUGGGAAUGCUAAAGGCAUUCACAACCUCUGUGCCUUCACACUCCCUCCACAUUUUUCAACAUAGAAACCUCAUUUGUACCUCAAAAUAUUCAGCUAAAUUAUAACGUGACUGCCUGUAUUUUUCAUUCAUAACUUUAGUGCUUUCAACUUUUUUCGGGAACAUUUUCCCAGUCUAGUGAAUGGACGGAAUGUUAAGUUCUGACACAAAUACAGGGUUUUUCAAGCAUUUUCAACUCCUAUCUCCUCAUUCAUACAUCCAUGUACAAACUCCAUUCAAACUAAAAAAUGUUCCACAUCUUUCAUACAUUCUGAGUAUUAUUCAACUUUUAAACCCCAGUAUACUUUUUUAAAAUAUUCAAACUUGUUUGGAGCAUGGCAAAAAGUCUCUUGACUUAAUGUUACAUUAGUGUGUAUUGGACGGAAUGUUUAGAGCUAGAGUGGAAGACUCAACUGUUAAGCCUGAUUGAUGGUUGGGUGCUCGACACUUUUAAAGAGUGCUGCACAACAGCACAUCAUUUUUAAUUUAUGCUUUAGCGAAAGGUUUUAGUUAUCUCCAUGGUUUUCAGAGCCUCACUGCAUUUUUUAUUGUCCAGUUCUGUUUCUGUCGCUGUUUAGUAAAGAGUAAUCAGCACAGACAGCUGUUUAAGUCACACAAAUAUCCCUCUGUAUACGUAUGCUUAUCUUACUAAUCGUAUAUUAACUGAUUGAUCAGCCCCAGUCUGUCUGUGAGUGGCAGAUUCCCCUCACUUGCUACGGUGGGCUGGGAAACAUAAUCAGUGAAUUGAUUAAUACAAACACUAUUGAUUUCUUCCAGUGGUGCUGACAUUAAAAACUGACAUUCAGUACAUGUCUGCUGUCAGUCAGCCUGGUGAACACAGUUUAAUCAGGCUCAGGCUCAGACUUUUCUAUGAUGGAGUUGUCAGCCAACUGACAAAAAAAAAAACUGUAAGCAAACAGAAAGCCAUUUUAAACAUGAAUCCUCUCUUUUUGAUUGAUUCAGAUUUUUACAGAAACCAGCUGUAACAUAUAAAAUUUCUGGGAAAAAAUCUGAGAGGAUGUGAAACUCUGUAACCAAACUGGACAACUUUCAAACAAAAUAACGGUUAAUGACAUAUUUUCCUCAGUCACUAUUCAACAGACACCAUCAAAUACAACAAGGGAAGGAACAAUAUAUUGCAGUUGAAUAUCACUAUACAAAAAUGUGACAGGGUCAUUCAGUAAUACAAGGGAACUGAGUGACAUCACCCCUGUCAGCAUCUCAGAGGUAAGAUCUGACAGAGUUGACGUUUUAAGGAGUUGACAAAAAGUUAUAUAUUUAUUAACUUCUCAGCAGUCAUAGUGAGUAGCGAUUUUGUUUUUUCAGAGUUCCUAGGCGUUCUCUUGAUGCUAAUCAAAAUGCUUAUUUUUAAACCUUGAUUCUUAUAUAGUUUUCAUUUAGAAAGGAUACACAAUUGACCGGUUAGGGUUGAGACACACCCAAUAGCAAUAUAAUUUUAUGAAUUUAUUAAAAAAUAGAAAGCUUACCACUACUGGAGUAGUUUUCCCACCUUUUUGGUAACCAGUUAGUGAGACAGGAGUCCUUGUGAAACUGCUAACCCUUUUUAUAUGCCUUGUUAAAUGAUGUUUUUUUAGAAAUCUGAUACAGUUGACAAAAAGCUGGGACACAUCUUUAAAGGGCCAACAUUUUAAUAAAAAAUGAAUAAAACAAGAUGAGUACUACAUUUUUACAUUAACAUUAUCAGUACUUAGUUUUAGAUUUUAAAGGGUGUUAAGACAUUUUUUAAUUGUUUGAAUUUGUGAAUACAAAAUUCAAGUUGUGUUCAAUACAGAGUUGCUGAUUAUAAUGGGCUGUUACUCACUGACACUGAAACAGAGGUUGGAUCGAAAGGUGUGUAGGAUAUAAAACAAUUAGCCAUGUAAAUGACCAUACCAGUAUUUUCCAUGUUUUCUACAAGCCAUUUGCCAAGCAGCCCAUAAUGUUUAGAAUUUUGAAUGUGUUUUUACUGUUCUCCAACCUUCAUGUCAAGUGGUAUGAAAAUCAAUUUUAGAAACACACAACUAGCUUAAGUUUAGUUUUCAUAUGAACAUCAUGUUUGUUUUAUCAUUCACUGUAAUAAUGAUCAGAUUUUUCAAACCAAUUUGCCAUUGUAAAUAAAAGUUGACUUUCAUACUGUAUGGGAAUAAUUAGAAAACCGAUGGAAGCACCAAAAGGAAUACUUCACAAAAUAGUUACAAAAUUUGAAGAAUUAUGCUUAUUUGCUUUAUUUCCAAGAACAAGAUGAGAAGUUUGACAUCAGUCUCAUGUCAGUGUGGUCAGUACUGAGCUGGAGUCAGGAGGUGCUUUGCCUACCUUAGCUUACCUGACAAGACUAAAAGUUAGCUAAUACACCUUAAAAGCUCAUUGGUUAACAGCUUGUACAGUAUGUAGUUUGUUUAAUCUUUUGGAGUAAUGCUUUGUAAGUAUUUCUUGACAAAUAGAUGGUGAACUAUUUUUUUUUUUUUUUUUAAACUGUAAAUGGUUAAAUGUAAUGUCAGGUGAUUGUGUGUAUAUAUACACAUGGUAAAUGGCUACAACAUAUAUAAACACGGGCCUUUAAGGUAAAACAGCUUCUAACUCUUAAAUUUGUUUGUGAAGAAUUUUUUCUGUGUACAACACCAAAUCAGUGUUAGUAGUUGUAAAUAACUAUGUCAUUGAGCCUUUGUGUUCCUGAAGACUCCUCAUGAUGAGGGUAUUUAAAGGUAGUAAGAGCCAAUAUUAUGUGCCAAAUCCAAACCUUCAACUGUUUUUCAUUGAUUGAAAUAGCUGAGGGCAUCAUUUAAAGGUGGAUGGCUCACAUAUAUCUUUCAUACAAAGACAUAAAACGUGUCAACAACAGCUGGAAACACUAACUGCUGAGUUGAGCAGUGGGCAUUUAUUGUGAUUUGGUCAUUCACUCUGUGGAGAUGUUGACCAUUAGUAGUGCGAAUGCAAGUGGCUCCCUGUUUUGUUUGUACAGUAGAUGCACACAAACACAUGGGCGGUGCACUUGUGCUGAUAGACAGUUGGUGGUGGUACUGUAGUGACCAUCAAACAUCUGAAACAAAGGCAAUGAUGUGGAUGAAAACAACGCAAGACUUAAAACAUGAAAAAAUCAACUUUGCUCAUACACACAGAGCAUUUUGGUGAAUAACACUGAUCAUAACUUGGUUGACAAGAAAACUACAGGUAUUGAUCUUCUGUUCCUUAGCCUAUUACAAAUACAGGAAAAAAAUUCAGAAAUACUGUAUGAAUACUGUAUACUACUGCAGUGCUCCAUGAAAAAAGUUCCAACUUACUAUAAACAGCCUACUGAUUUAAAACACCGAAACUCAGUUGGUUUUUGUGCUGCCUUCAGUGUCUUUGUGAAUAACUAUGCUGUAAAUUAAUCUCACCUAAUUAUUUCACUUUAAUAUCAUUUCACACAUACUUGUCACACCCAGAGUGUGCUAUCCAAACACACAGGUUUGUGUCAGUGAGGAGAGCAGUAUUAAGCUGCCAUAGUGAGCACUAUGUUAAGUUACAAAUGACAGUUCUGUUGAAUUGCAGAAAUCGUUCACCUUGCGAUUAUUUUUAUUCAUUUAUUUGCUUGUUCUUUCACAGGUUUUGUGAAUAUGCAUAUGAAGUAUGAAAUAGAAUAUUUAAGCAGUCCAGUUAUGAUUUUGUCUAUCACAAUUGUGACCAUUGUGGUUGAGCUUUUUCUAUAUUGAAAGUUUUACUUGAGGGAACAGUAUUCGUGAUUUCACUGUAAAUGUUGCACAGAAUGUAGUUACUAUUUAUGUGCAAGUCGUUCCGCUUAUGAAAAAGUCUCUUAGAGAGUUUUGACACAAAAUAAAAAAAUAUGUGUUGCAGAUUAUAAUAUGAACUUAAUCACAUAUAGCACAUUUAAAAGUGUCACAGCCAAAGUAUUCAACUGUAAUAAUGAUAUUAAACAUGAUGAAAACAUAUUACACUCUGUCACAUCUUACAUGUGUUCACUUGGUUGCUUUUACUUGUGUAAUGCACAUGGAAUUAUGGUGACCAUGUCAUACAAACUAAAUUGUGUAAAUAAAAUCCAUUGGCUUUGGCAUGACAAAGUCGGCCCUGGUUGUUUGUUGUCUCUCCACCAAGAUUUAGAACUCUCCUUUACAGCUGAACACAGCAGCAGGUGACGGUUGUCUGAUGCUUGUUCUGCUUUCCAUCUUAUUAGGUUUCACCUAUCUAGUAUGGUAGUAGUGUGUCUGUAAUCCUUGACCAGACUAAUCUAUUAGGCCCCCUGCUAUGGAGUUGUAUCCUGACACCUCUAAAGUCCCAUCUAAUAUGGUGGAGACAAUGACCCAAAAUCCAUCCAAUACUUACCUGCUGGAAUAAAACUGCUUGGCCCAGCUUUUUGUGUCAGUAUGUUAGGACAGUCAACACAGUUAUAUUUAGGAAUAUUUAUAAUAUAUUUGUGAACACAUAAAGCAACAACAAUAAAUGUGUUAAAAGUAGAAUAUGACACAGGUAACCUCUACACAACUCAACAACACAGUGCAGUUACAGGCCUUUUUCCGCAGACAUUUGAUUUGUCAGGGCGUAACAACACAUUAAACUAAUAGCAUUAAUGACAGUUAAGUUCCAUUACAUUCUUUCUAACAAAUAAACAUGCAAUUGAGCAAUCAGCUGGUACACAUGGUAUUUAUUAGCUGCUGUUUCCUGACACUGCUAGCUUCUGUUGAUAUCGGUGGAUCUCCUGGUUGCUGAAAUUGUUUACAGCCCCUUCUAACACUAGAAGUUUUAAAGUAAUUUUGUGUUUUACUUAAGAGCACAUGGACUUUUACAACAGCAAGAGACAAAAUAAGUUGGGUCACCGAGUAGCUCAAUGGGUAGAGCAGGCACCCCAUGUACCAAGGC